AUGGAGAAAAGUAUAAAGAAUGAUAACCCACUUUCCUGUAACGAACAGGUGGAAAAUAAAGAUGAAAAGGUUCACCUAAAACGUCAGAUUGGACUGGUUAGUGCAGUGUCACUGAUUACAGGCACAAUGAUUGGUUCAGGUAUCUUCAUGUCCCCACAGUGGGUGCUGUUCUACAUGGGUAGCCCCGGUGCCAGCCUUUUAAUAUGGGCUGCUUGCGGUGUGCUGGCAAUGCUGGGGGCUCUGUCGUAUGCAGAACUUGGAACUGUCAUUAAGGAAUCUGGAGGAGAAUACAUAUAUAUCUUAAGAACCUUUGGACCUCUCCCUGCUUUCCUUCUAGCGUACACAUCUGUUAUAGUGGUGAGACCUGCCAGCAUUGCAGGGAUAGCUCUCAGCUUUGCCGAGUAUGUUGUGGCUAACUUUUACCAAGAUUGUCAAUCACCAGAAGUGGUGAUAAAGUGCACAGCUGCUGUUUGCAUACUUGUAUUGAGCAUUAUUAAUUGUCUUAAUGUUAGACUCGCUACUUCUAUUAUGAAUAUUUUCACUGCAGCUAAACUGAUGGUGCUUUUGGUUAUAAUAGUGGGAGGGAUUGUAUUUCUUAUCAAGGGAAACACACAGGUGUUAGACAAUGCCUUUGCUAACACAGUCAAUGGUUUUGGACCUGUAGGAGUGGCCUUUUACCAAGGACUCUGGUCUUAUGAUGGAUGGAACAACCUGAACUAUGUGACUGAAGAACUGAAGAAUCCUGAGGUCAAUCUCCCACGAGCUGUGAUGAUUGCGAUUCCACUGGUGACAUUUGUCUAUUUACUGGUAAAUGUCAGCUAUUUUGCAGCUAUGACCCCUAGUGAAUUUCUCUCAUCAGAUGCUGUUGCCAUCAGUUGGGGGAUAAAGGUGCUGGGCAGCUGGGCAUGGCUCAUCUCUCUGGGAGUUGCAAUGUCUACAUUUGGAUCAGCAAAUGGAACGUUUUUUAGUGGGGGACGACUGUGCUAUGUGGCAGCAAGAGAGGGGCAUUUGCCAGAUGCGCUAUCAAUGGCCCAUGUCAAGCGCUUCACACCUUCCCCGGCACUCAUAUUUACAACAGUCAUCUCAUUAAUAAUGAUCAUCCCAGGAAACUUCAGCAGCAUUGUAAAUUUCUUCAGUUUUACAGCCUGGUUUUUCUAUGGUAUUACAAUUGCUGGUCUCCUGUACCUAAAGAUUAAGAAGCCAGAACUUCCAAGGGUAUAUAAGGUUCCAAUUAUCAUCCCUAUUAUUGUGCAGAUCGCCUCUGUAUUCCUUGUUAUUGCUCCAAUUGUCGGAAGUCCCCAGAUGGAGUAUCUUUACGUUGCUUUAUUUAUUCUCAGUGGAAUUAUAAUUUACAUUCCCUUUAUCCACUACCGCUGGUCACCAAAAUGCUUUCGAUCAAUUACUCUUCAUAUUCAGCUUCUGCUUGAGGUUGCACCAUCUGAUAAAAACAAAUGA